CACCCUUAAUUUAAAUACCAAAAAAGGAUUAAAAAUUCAAUUAGAUGUGUGCCAAACCAGGGAGCAACAUCUGGGACCUCGCUCGCAAAGACGGGACGAGGAAGCUGAAGCAUCUUCCCGAGCCAAGAUUUGUGCUUUACCACUCGUCUUCCCUCCUCCACCUCCUCCUCCUCCCUCUCCCUCUCUGCCCUAACAAAGCUCUGCAUCCCCAUUCUCUCUCUCUCCUUUCCCGACCAUUACACCUCCUACGAUCUGUGCCGCUCUGAUCUGUUGCAGAACCGCUGAGAUCUCUCGCCGGCCUUUUUCUAUUUCUGUAUUUGUCUCUUGCCUCUGCUUUUCUCUGCCAAUUUCACUAUGAUUUCGUUUUCAGUGCAUUGAUGUAUUUUGCUCGUUUCCCGAUACGAUAACCCUCCUUUUUAUGAUUUCAUUUUGCAUCAGGGUGGAUAGCUAUCGCAAUCAUUUCGAUUUUCGUUCCGUGGGUUUCCAGUUUUGGCUUAUUUUAUUGGAGAGAUCCGUGGAGGUCAGUUGUUGUUAUCUGGAUCUGUAUCAGGGGUUUGUCGACAUUCAAUUGAAUUGAUUCAGGAGGUGCUUGAAGGUUUCCUGAGGCUUUGAAUUUCUGUGUGCCUUUCAAUAUGUUGCUGCAUUUUUAUUGAUUCAGAGCUAGCAAGUGGGUCUCUGUUGUUCGUCAUCAUCGCCUGUGUAUCUGCUAGAAUGAUAUAUGCAAGGUACAAUUUGAGAUUAUUUCGAGCUGCAUUCUAUAUGUUUGAGAAAAAGGGCUUUUGGGUUUUGCCGUGUGGGGCAUUGCAAGAUUGAAACUUGAAUAAUAGAAGAAAUUAGGUAGUUGGGGAAGGAAGAAGCUCGAAGAAAUUCUCUGGCUUGUUUAAUUUUGCUUGGAGCUGCAAGUAAGUAAUUGGUCUGGGCCUCUGGGUUUAAUUAUUCUUCAUAGUGGGUUUUGGGUAGUAAGGACCAUUGUUUGUAAAAUUCUCCAAUGUGGUCAUUGGAGAAUCAUUUAUGAUUUCCGGGCAGCCAUUGCUGUCAUCAUCAGAUUCUUCCUCUGUGGUGGUUAACCGACGUGCUCGUUCUCGCAACUUGGGCUCCUUUGGCUGCCUCUGCCAUAAAGUGUCUUUCUCUUCUUCUACAUUUGAGGAAACUCAGGCAGAUUCUUUGCUAAAAGACCAAGAAGAUGAUGGUGAGGAUGUGCUUGUUGGUGAUACUGGUUUUCAUUUGAAACCCCUUAGACCAGUAGGACCUUCUCUUUCCACUGGAACAACAAAGCAGGGCCACUCUGCUGACUGUUGCUUCCAUCAGCAGUUCUCGGUGGAAUGCCCCACGCAGGAGCAGAGAAGCCUGGUAUCGUGGGGUUCCAUGGAGCUGCCUGAAAACAAUAACACUUCUACUACUUUUGAAAUUUCCGGGGCUUCAUCUAUGGUGCAAGAAAAGUUGAACAAGUCUCGGAGGUUCCACAAUAAAAAUGUGGAACUUGGUGAUGAUCCAUCUUGUGCAGAAGAUCCUAGGUUGAUAUACAUUAAUGAUCCAAGGAAAACAAAUGACAAGUAUGAGUUCACUGGGAAUGAGAUUCGAACAAGCAAGUACACGCUGAUCACAUUUUUGCCCAAGAACCUUUUCAUUCAGUUUCACCGAGUUGCCUACCUAUAUUUUCUGGCUAUUGCUGCUCUCAACCAGCUGCCACCUCUUGCAGUCUUUGGGAGAACAGUGUCUCUUUUCCCUCUGCUCUUUGUGCUCUGUGUCACUGCUAUUAAAGAUGGUUAUGAGGACUGGCGAAGGCACAGGUCAGAUAGAAAGGAGAACAACCGGGAGGCUGCAGUGCUUCAUUCUGGUGAAUUCCGGUUGAAAAAAUGGAAAAAGAUAAGAGCUGGUGAAGUAGUUAAGAUCUUUGCUGAUGAGACAAUUCCCUGUGACAUGGUUUUGUUACAGACAAGUGAUCCUAGUGGACUUGCUUACAUUCAGACCAUGAAUUUGGAUGGUGAGUCAAACUUGAAGACAAGGUAUGCAAGGCAGGAGACAGCUGCUUCAGAAUUCGAAGGUUCUGCAAUAUCAGGGCUGAUCAGAUGUGAACAACCUAAUAGGAAUAUCUAUGAAUUCACUGCUAAUAUGGAGUUCAAUGAUCAAAAGUUUCCCCUUAGCCAAUCAAAUAUUGUUUUGCGUGGUUGUCAGCUGAAAAAUACUGAUUGGAUAUUAGGUGUUGUGGUGUAUGCUGGACAGGAAACAAAAGCAAUGUUGAAUAGUGCAAUAUCUCCUUCAAAGCGAAGCAAACUGGAGAGUUACAUGAACAGGGAAACCUUUUGGUUAUCAAUUUUCCUUCUUGUAAUGUGUUCUGUGGUGGCCCUUGGUAUGUGCCUAUGGCUCCGUCGCCAUGAGGAGGAGCUUGACACCCUACCUUAUUUCAGAAAACGAUACUUCACAACAGGGAGGGAUAAUGGAAAGAAAUACAAAUAUUAUGGAAUUGCCAUGGAGACUUUUUUCUCCUUUUUGAGUUCCAUAAUAGUAUUUCAGAUAAUGAUUCCUAUCUCUCUUUAUAUAACAAUGGAGAUGGUUCGAUUGGGACAAUCUUAUUUCAUGAUUGAAGACAAGCACAUGUAUGACAGCAACUCUGACUCAAGAUUUCAGUGCCGAUCAUUGAAUAUAAAUGAGGAUUUGGGUCAGAUACGUUAUGUCUUUUCGGACAAAACUGGGACACUUACUGAAAACAAAAUGGAAUUCCGGCAAGCAAGUAUCUGUGGGAAGAAUUAUGGAAACUAUGUUCUUAUGGUGGAUUCACAAGAGGAACAGGACAUCACAGCUGCUGCUGUUGGUAGAAGAAGAUGGAAACUUAAAUCUGAAGUUCCUGUUGAUGUUGAACUCAUGCAAUUAUUGCACAAAGACUUGGCUGGUGCUGAGAAAACGGCUGCACAUGAGUUCUUCCUUACCCUUGCCGCUUGUAAUACUGUAAUCCCAAUGCAUACUCAAAGUCCCACUUCUGAUGUGGGAAGAAGUCAUGCACAAGAAGAUGUGGGAGCUAUUGCGUACCAAGGUGAAUCUCCUGAUGAGCAAGCACUAGUUUCUGCAGCAUCUGCUUAUGGUUACACUCUCUGCGAGCGCACAUCUGGGCAUAUUGUGAUUGAUGUCCAUGGUGAAGAAUUAAGGCUGGAUGUUUUGGGCCUGCAUGAGUUUGACAGUGUGCGGAAGAGAAUGUCUGUUGUUGUCAGGUUCCCAAAUAAUACCGUGAAGGUGUUGGUGAAAGGUGCUGAUACCUCAAUGUUCAGCAUUUUAGCUGAAGACACUCAGAAGGAUGAUCAAACAAAACGUGCAACUCAUAGUCAUUUAACUGAAUAUUCAUCACAAGGUCUUCGAACUCUUGUAGUUGCUGCAAGGAAUCUUACAGAUUCAGAACUUGAGCAAUGGCGGUGCAGGUUUGAAGAUGCAAGCACUUCUUUAAUUGACAGAACUAUGAAACUACGCCAAACAGCAGCUCUCAUAGAAUGCAACUUAAAUCUACUUGGAGCAACUGCAAUUGAGGACAAGCUCCAAGAUGGUGUACCAGAGGCAAUUGAGGCUCUUCGUCAAGCAGGAAUAAAAGUCUGGGUUCUGACUGGUGAUAAGCAGGAAACUGCAAUUUCUAUUGGUCUCUCGUGCAAACUUCUGACUCCUGAUAUGCAGCAGAUAAUUAUAAAUGGCAAUUCAGAGGAGGAAUGCAGAAAUCUUUUGGCUGAUGCAAUGACCAAAUAUGGUGUGCAAUCGUCCAAUAGAAGGUAUCAGAAUUCAGAAAGGAAAAGAAAUGUGGAAAAUGGGUAUCUUGAUAUACCCUAUGGUAUAAAAAGGUCCAAUGAGCUGCAAUGCCAUGACAGGAAGGAAGAAAGAAUUGCAUGUGCACCACCCUUAGCACUCAUAAUUGAUGGCAACAGUCUGGUGUACAUUUUGGAGAAGGAUUUAGAGUCAGGACUUUUCGACCUUGCAACUUCCUGUAGGGUUGUGCUAUGUUGUCGAGUUGCACCGUUGCAGAAAGCUGGAAUUGUUGAUAUGAUCAAAAGCCGCACUGAUGAUUUGACACUGGCUAUAGGGGAUGGAGCUAACGAUGUCUCUAUGAUCCAAAUGGCGGAUGUUGGUGUUGGAAUAUGUGGCCAGGAAGGGCGUCAAGCAGUGAUGGCAUCUGAUUUUGCCAUGGGCCAGUUUCGGUUUCUGAAGAGAUUGCUUCUGGUGCAUGGACACUGGAAUUAUCAGCGUGUUGCUUAUUUAGUUCUGUACAACUUUUACCGUAAUGCUGUUUUUGUCUUGAUGCUAUUCUGGUACAUAUUAUGCACAGCCUUUUCAACAACUUCUGCAUUGACAGAUUGGAGUAGUGUAUUUUAUUCUGUUAUAUAUACAUCAAUCCCUACUAUUGUGGUUGGCAUUCUGGACAAGGACUUGAGCCAUAGGACUCUUUUACUGUAUCCAAAACUAUAUGGCGCGGGGCAUAGGCAUGAGGCAUAUAACCUGCAACUAUUUUGGAUCACAAUGAUUGACACGCUAUGGCAGAGUCUUGUUCUCUUCUACAUACCCCUCUUUACCUAUAAGGAGAGCUCAGUUGACAUAUGGAGCAUGGGCAGUUUAUGGACUAUAGCAGUUGUUAUUCUUGUAAAUAUUCACCUGGCGAUGGACAUUAAGCGUUGGGUAUUUAUUACUCAUGUUGCAGUUUGGGGAUCAGUAAUUAUCACCUAUGCAUGUAUGGUGGUAUUGGAUUCUAUACCUAUAUUCCCCAAUUACUGGACAAUUUACCAUCUGAUUAAGUCUCCGACCUAUUGGCUCACCAUAUUUCUUAUAGUAGUUGUUGGAUUACUUCCUCGAUUGCUUGUCAAAGUUGUACAUCAGAUCUUUUGGCCUUCAGAUAUUCAGAUUGCCAGAGAAGCAGAGUUACUAAAGAAACCACCUGACAGGUCAAAGCCUGAUCAAGGGUCCAGUUAAUCUGUUUGUUCCAUGGUAUUUGGAAAUGAUUUCCUGAGUCUGCCCUUCCUGUGGCAUGCAGUUGUAAGUUAAAUGGUAUGUGCAAGUUCUACCUUGUUUUAACUAGUCAAUAUUCAUGGUACCAAUACUUUCCUUUAAAUUCAGUCAUGUGUAUUAGAAGCUUCUACAGUGAACCAUUCCCUCAAAGUUUACUGUUAAUUUAAUAUAAAGGGUGAAUUUAAAAAUAUUACAUGGUUUGAUUUGUUUUCUGCAAUGAUUGAAAUACUUUUUGGCUCUAACAUCAGGAACUAUUUUUAUAUCAUCCUUGUAGAUCUUUUAUUUAAAAUUGGUUUUAGGAAUUGUUGUUGUUCCAAAUUUAGAUGUGAACUAAUUAAGUGGGUUUUAAGUUCCUGCAUGUUUAAAGAUCCUUUUUAAGUUAUUUGUUGUCUUUUCAAAUUGUGUUUAAGCUUCAAAGUCAGAAUUUUGUAACGAAUAGUGCAACAUAAUAAAGUGUCUCUCUCCAGCUGCUGCUGCUUUGCCCCCAAAGUUUAGUGAGGGGUGUUAAAAUACAUCUUAUGUCAUGUGGAAGGACUGGUAUUGUGAUUAUUAAACCAAGCAGAAUAAACUUGUUUUGCAGCUGCCAUGUAUGAUUUAAUGAAUUAACCCAUGACUUUUAGGUUUUUUAAUCAAGGCAAUUUUUAUCUGCACACAUCUAGGAAAUAUAUGCCUGUACAUACUAGAAAUAAUUACCAUAUUCAGUGUGUGGUUCUCAUUCCUCAGAUGAGUUAAGGGCAGAGGAUCUGGCACCAGUAUGUGAUCAAAAGGUUGGCAUUCACAGCAGGGCAGAGAAA